CGGCAGAAAUACAAAGCCCGCUCUAGGAUGGAGUAAUCCAGGUUGGUCACAGCCAGCACAGUGGCAACGUAGUCCAAGUCACAAAAAUAGCGGUGUGCGCUGUGUUCGCCAUGAAAAGACCAGUGGCACGACUGACCACACGGGAUCCCUGGCAAGGCAAGGAUCACUAGGAUGAAGUUGGAGAGAAGCUGUAAAAAAAAAAAAUUUAAAAAAAAAAAAAAUCUCUUUGCCAGAUUGGCAAGGAGAACAGCAAACGCAAAUAACUGAAAAGCCAGACUAAAUCUCCUGAACACGGUGUAACAACCGCUAAAAAUGGAAGAAGGAAGGCCGUAAGCAGAUGCAGAGGGAAGAGCAAGAUGAGCACACGUCUUCUCUCCUCCUCUUCGUGUUCAAGCUCCCCGCUAUAAAUACUUUCAGGUCUGAAUGGUGGCAAUUCAGGUGGAAGAGGCUUUGCAGCUGAUGCUGGAGGGGUGAGAUAGCAGAGAAGGUUUCCCUUCGUUCUUGUGCCAAGAAGUGACCCUGUCAACUGUCUGCUGCCUUUGAUGGCACCCAGGGGAGAUCUGGGAGAAGGUGGAGCAAGUUUCUUUGCUGCUGGCCUUCCUUGGAGAAGACCAGAAGACUUUGCGUGCACAUGCAGUUGGCCAUACGGAGAGGAGGUCUCUAGCAGAACCCAUAUGCUAAGCUAUUUAGCAGCACGGUUUUAAGAUGGCAGAGACCACGAAGAGGCACGCUGAGAUAAGAGGGUGGACACUGAGUCCAGUUACCUGAAUUAGUAACUAUCUAUCAGCCUAGCAGCUUUACCCAUCUCUCCCUCUGCACAUUACUCAGUCACUCAACAAAUAUACUUGUGACUGGUGACAGUGAGCAAAAACUUCUGGGAAAUCAUUCAGAAAAGGAAGAUAAAAACUCAGCAGCUGGCAUCUUUAUAGCAUUUUUCCAGUCUGGAUUUGCAGACAAUAUAACCUAAGCCUCAGGCUGUUUCUGUGAAGUAAAAAUGUGCACUUAUGCCCAUUUUAUAGAUAAGGAAGCUGGUAAAACUGAUUUGUCCUAGGGGAACAGGAGGCAGAGCUAGGUGGACGGCCUCCUCUGCCUGCCUCCUGUCUUUUUUUUUAAGCCACCCUGUUCUUACAGGAACAUUUCUGUGAGGCAAAUGGUUUUUCACUGCCAACAGCUAUACAAACAUACUUUCAACACCCCGUACUUGAAAUCCUCUGGCACAGUUUGUAUCCACAUGCAAAGUCAAUGACUGGGAGACCAGGUCUCCAGCUGAAUCUAAAUGCUAAGUUAUUCAAAAUUGUAGACACACAGUAAUGACACCAGUCAGUAAUGAAUGAGGAGAGAUAGCCAAAAAAAGUGGGAAUAUGGUGUAAGGCAAUGCCACUAAGGUUUAUAUACAGACAUAUUUUUAAUAUCUUGGCCUGUCUUCAAGGCAGCUUCCUGCUGAGUUGUGUGUGGGCUUCCAGCUGUCAUGUGGAAUAUGUUUGUUGCAUUAGUCAUGCAGAGGAGGCACCUAUUUCUUAGAAACUGAAAGAACAGGCUUAGCAGAAUGACUAAUGUGCCUUUGCAGAAACUUCCCAAAUACUCUGAGAGAUGGGCUCCUGAACUAACGCCAGGGAAAAGACAAGAGUGGUAAGUGAGGCUGUGAACUUCAUAUGAUAUUCAGAGACCAGUACUGUUAGUACUGGUGUCUGGGUAUUAUUUGCUAAUGCUGGGGGUGCUCCUGAAAAAACUACAGAAACUUCUGGCUUAGACCUCAAUUUUUCUCCAGCUCGGGCAAUGGAAAAUGUCAGCAGAGAUCUGAGGGAGACAUAGUUGGAGAAUAUUGGAGAAAAAGAGAGAGAGACAUAGACUCUGGAGUCAUCACUGACACUGCAACAGCAUCAUCAAUGGAUUUGGGGCUUGUCACUGUUCCUACCAUGACAGCUAUGUUUUACUGCCUAAUGCCUGAACUACCCUGCUGAAAAGGUUGAGGGUUGCACAUUAAUAUCAUCAUGACAAAUGAAGAGUACAUUAUCGCUUGGUGGGGAAGAAGAGGCUGGGAAGGUGGUCUAAGCACAGCAGUGGGUUAUCCGCUGGACACAGUGAAGGUGAGAAUUCAGACUGAGAGGCAUUACAAUGGGAUUUGGCACUGCAUUCAGGAAACAUACAGGACAGAAAAAGUUUGGGGAUUUUACAAAGGUGUGUCUGCAUCAGUUUUCACAGUAUCGGUGAUUUCUUCUGUUUCAUUUGGCACUUACAAAAACUUCCUUUGUACCAUCUGCAAGCUGCGAUACGGGGCUGCAGAUGCGAAGCCAUCCAAGCUGGAUGUUUCUCUUGCCGGAGGUGCUGCCGGUGCUGUCCGGGUUGUGCUGAUGACCCCUAGUGAAGUGGCUAAGGUUCGCAUGCAGACUCAGAGGAACCCACAUCCUUCCGUCGCAUCUCCCCAGCCUGUUUCCAAGCCAAAGUACCGAGGGUCUCUGCACUGUCUGAAGGUGAUCGCCAGAGAAGAAGGUUUUGGGGGUCUCUACAAGGGCUGCUCUGCAUUACUUUGCAGAGAUUGCUCUUCUUCUGCAAUAUAUUUCCUUACCUAUUCUGCUCUGUGUGACUGGCUCACACCAGCUGGGAAAAAUAAACCAGGUAGGUAUUGGGAAGCAUCUGACAUUACCUGCAAAACCAGCUUGUUUAGCACUACGCUAAGAGGGAAAUCAGGCUCUCAGCAAACAUCGCCCAGUACCUAUAAAACCUCACCCAGAUUCAGUCCUCGCGUGGGGUUGUUUCCUUCCUGGCACCACGGGGCCAUUUGUGCCCUCCCAGCGCGGGUGUCAACAGCCUGUGUGCGAGGGCUUCGUCAGCACGACCUUGUCCCUCAGCAGCUACACCUCUCCCUGUGCGAGGGGUGUUUACGGCAUGCUCUGGUGCCUAGUAUGUGGGUAUGAAUUCCUCUUCAUGCAGAAAUAGGGUAUGUAGCUAGAAAUGCAACAUGGACAAACCUCCCAGGAGCCAUCAUGGAGCACAGAUCAGGGUCAGUCCAGAGCUUGAAAAUAAAGUCCAGGUGCAGAAUGUAAAGACCCUGAAGUUUCCUGGUUAUGAUUUGGCUCCCAAAACCAACUAUUCACUUCAAGAAAAGGUCAGAGAGAUGACAUUCAGCAAAGAGCAUCUUGCUGAGAAUUGCAAAGAUAAGUAGGGUAUGAGUGCUCUCAGGAUGCAUCACAUCUAGUUUGUGCGGUGUUAAAAUAGAUGCUGUCCCUCCACGAGCCAGUCUCAUGUAUUCAAAAAUUGAGUAUGCUGUGAAACUGAGAGGCCACACAGUUUGUGUGAGAUCACUGGAAACAUACAACUGCAAGAGCUGGACAAAAUAACUGCUGAAAAACAUGGAAGUUAACAACGUUAGCUGAGAAAUCGGAGAUGCUUGUGGCUGUAUGAGUGCAAGGCUCAGGUUAACUGCUCCUCCCUUCACUCUCUCCUGCAGGUUUCCUCGUUGUGCUGCUUUCUGGUGGUUUCGCUGGAGUCCUGGCCUGGGGAUUAGCUACUCCCAUGGAUGUCAUCAAAUCACGGAUGCAAACAGAUGAAUCAGACCAGCACAAGUACAAAGGCCUUGUCCACUGUGCUAGGG